AUGAAUAAGAAUUCAGUCAAUAAGAAUAAAGAGAAUGUAAGACGUGAUGCAGUAACUGCAAUACUAGAAGGUACUACACCUAACGCAAUGAAAAUAGUAUCUGCUAACACAGUAAAGACUUCAAUUAGUCAGCACGAAGUAGGAUUACAUCCUGACACUGCUGCUAUUCUUGAUGAUAUUUUUGAAUAUGGGCCUGUUUUAGUGUUAGGUAAGAAACAACAACAGUGUUAUUUGAUAGUUAAAUUCUCAGAUGAAUUAGAAGUGAAUAAGAUAUAUCUUAAUAGAGAAGCCAUGAAUAAUCUGAGAGUGAAAUCUAAUGAUAUAGUUAAGUUGUAUGGUGUAGAUGAUUCAAAGAUCAAAGACGCAUAUCAUAUUAACAUAAAAGCAGUUGCAGAAACUGUAAAAGAUAUUCAAGGUGAUAUAUUUACUAAACUAAUUUGUCCAUACUUUGAAAGUAUACCAAGAAUAUUUAUAACAUCUAAUUGUGUUUAUAAGAUAAAGGCAGGUAUUAAAGCAAUCGAAAUCAAAGUAAUGAGUGUAGAAAUAAAAGAUGAAGAAGGUAAUGUUGUUGAGGUAGAAAAUGCACAAGUAGUUCAAGAUACACAAAUAAAUGUAGACCCAGAAAAUAUUAACCGAGAUGAAGUAGAAAAGGAAUUGGCAGAAAUUGGAUUUGAGGAUAUUGGUGGAUGUAGAAGACAAAUGGCACAAAUAAGAGAGUGUAUUGAAUUACCAUUAAAACAUCCAGAGUUAUUUGAAAGAAUAGGAAUAAGACCACCAAGAGGAAUUCUUUUACAUGGACCACCUGGUACUGGUAAAACAAUGAUAGCUAAAGCAAUUGCUAAUGAAUGUAGUGCUGUUUUAUUGACAAUCAAUGGACCUGAAAUUAUGUCCCAUAUGAACGGAGAGUCAGAAAGUAAUUUAAGGAGAACAUUUGAAAAAGCUGAGAAGUAUGCACCUAAAUCAGUGAUAAUUUUUAUUGAUGAAAUAGACUCAAUUGCAUCAAGUCGAUCUAGUGGGUCAUCAGAAGGUGAAAGAAGAGUAGUUAGUCAAUUAUUAACAUUAAUGGACGGAAUGAAAACAAGAAAAAAUGUUUUUGUGUUAGCGGCCACUAAUAGACCAAACAGUUUAGAUCCAGCAUUAAGACGUUUUGGUAGAUUUGAUAGAGAAAUAGAAAUAGGAGUACCAGAUGAGCUAGGGAGACUUGAUAUAUUUGCAAUCCAUACUAAGAAUAUGAAGAUAUCACCGGAAGUUGACUUAUUGGAUAUAGCUAAAGAAACUCAUGGAUUUGUAGGUGCUGAUAUAGCAUCAUUGUGUACAGAAGCUGCUUAUAGUCAGUUGAGAGAGAAACUUCCUUAUAUUGAUUUAGAUGCUGAGAAGUUACCUGCUCACAUAUUAGCAUCAUUAGAAGUGAAUGAGGAUAAUUUUAGGUCUGCGCUUAGAUCUACUGAUCCUUCAUCAUUGAGAGAGACAGUUAUUGAAACUCCUAAUGUUAGUUGGGAUGAUAUUGGUGGUUUAUCUCGUGUAAAACAAGAACUUAUUGAAACUGUUAUGUACCCUGUUAAUCAUGCAGAUAAGUAUCUUAAGUUUGGCCAGUCACCUUCAAAGGGUGUUCUUUUAUACGGACCUCCUGGUUGUGGUAAGACCUUAUUAGCUAAAGCUGUUGCCACUGAAUGUAAAGCUAAUUUUAUCUCAAUUAAAGGACCAGAAUUGCUUAGUAAAUGGGUGGGUGACUCAGAAAGUAAUGUAAGAAGUAUUUUCGAUAAGGCUCGUAACGCUGCACCUUGUGUAUUAUUCUUUGAUGAAAUAGACUCAAUUGGUAAGUCAAGGACACAUGCAGAUGAUGGUAACAGUGGAGUUACUGAUAGAAUGUUAAAUCAAAUACUUGUAGAAAUGGAUGGAAUGAAUCAAAAGAAAAAUGUCUUCAUUAUGGGUGCUACCAACAGACCACAAUUAUUAGAUACGGCUUUAAUGAGACCUGGUAGAUUGGAUCAAUUAGUUUAUAUUCCAUUACCAGACAUAAAAAGUCGUAAGAGUAUUCUUAAUGCAAAAUUAAAAAAUUCCCCAAUAGGAAAUGAUGUUGAUUUAGAACAGAUAGCAACUAAUACAGAAGGAUUAUCUGGUGCUGAUUUAACUGAAAUUUGUCAAAGAGCAGCUAAGUUUGCUAUAAGAGCCUCAAUAAGAGCAGAGAUGGCCAAUCCUGAUCUUGAAGAAGAUCCAGUUCCUUACAUUACGUUUGAAUUCUUUAAAGAUGCUAUGAAAACUGCUAGAAAAUCAGUUACUCAGAAUGAAAUCGCAUCUUAUGAAGCAUUUGCGAGAUCAAUGAACAGUGAGAUUAAUACAACUGAACACCUUAACAACAAUGAAAAUGAGACCGAUUUAUAUGACUAA